GAACCUCCAUCAAAAGUUAAAACCUUAGAGAUCCAACCAUCCAAACACUCCAGACAUUCAUCAUCUGCUAGUUGCACUCUCGAUUCAUUCCUGCAGGUCCAAAAUGGCUCUUAGUAAGGGAGUGGAAAGACUUUAAAGUAGGGGUUUAUGUAGUUCGGAUCAUUUUUAUUGUUUAAUUGUUGGUGAGGAGGUAGUUUUGGUGGAAUGGUGAGCUUACCAUGGGAUAUUAUAUGAGACAUCCUUGUUCGGUUGCCUGUGAAGUGCAUCACACGUUUUAGGUGUGUAAACAAAGGUUGGUGCAAAUUAUUGAAAAACCCUGAGUUUCUGAUGACGCAGUAUAAGCAUGCUGUUGAGCUGAACAGAUUUAGUCUUAUGUUUCAUAGUCAAAAUGAUAUACAUACCUUUGGUUAUGAUCCAUCAUCGUCUACAUGUGAGAGCUCUGGUUAUGUAGAAUUCCCUGUUGGAUCUUAUAAAGGAAUUGAGUUUUUUGGAUAUUGUAAUGGCUUGGUUUUGUUAAGGCGUGUUAAUAUACUCUUCCUUUGGAACCCAUUGACUAACGAGUGUAUGAAGUUACCAAAUCCAGCAACUAGAUUGAAGGAUUACCUAAUGGUUGUUGAAGAAUAUGGAAUAGUUAUGAUCACCGGAUUGAGGAUUUCAAAGUUGUAUGUAUGGCGCAGGAUUUUCUUGAUAACUGGUGUGAGGUUCAGGUGUAUACUCUAAGAUCAAAUUCAUGGAGAAGACUUGAGGACAUCCAAUUUCGUAUGGAUAGUAUUAUCAGAAUACCUGAUAUGGCUCGUUUAGCUGUUAACGGAGGUCUUCACUGGAAAGCGUUUAAAGGGGAAAUGCGCACGGAAAUCAUUCUUCGCUUUGAUUUUGAGAAAGAAGAGUUCAAUCAGACACCGAUACCUGAUGUAGGCAAGCAUGAUUAUAGCCAAGUGUGUUUGUGUGUUUUUGGAGGAUCUCUUUGGUUUCUUAAUGAGUAUGGGUGUAGGCUUGAAUUCUGGGAGUUGAAGGACAAUGGGGUGGAGAAAUCAUUGAUCCGUCGUUUCACCUUUUGUAAAGAUAAAUUUGACGAUAUGGAAGAAUUGACUCCCUUGUGGUUGUUAGAGGACGGGAAGAUUUUGUUUGUGGUAAACGAUGACUAUGCUUCUUUGCGUUUUGUUUUGUAUGACCCAGAACAUGAGACAACUAGAACUUUGAAGACCUGCGAGGGUAUAACAGCUUCAUCUUUGCAUACUUGUUCUGUCUAUGUAGAGAGUCUAAUUUCACUUGACACUGGUACGCAUCUAGGGAAAGUGCAAUGGGACUGGUAUGCACCUAGGGCAAGUGCAAUGGGAUGAAGAACGAGGAGGACGGUGGAAGUGGCGCUGCAAUUGCUGGUACUAACAAUGAAGAAAAACAGGACAACUAGAGGGAAUGGUGCACUAAUUUUCUUUAGUAAAUUUUUUGCUCGUCUUGUCUUGUAUUACCGAUUGGUAGAUGCUAAUCAGACUGGGAUGUUCUUCUUGUUGAAACAUAUGUCGGAUAUUAUUUUGGUAGUUCUUAAUUUUUCUUUCUGUACUAGGGUAGCUUUCAGUGGAACUGAUAUUGCUGUGCACCAGCAAGUGUUUUU